GGCGGAAGCGCGAGGGAAGAAGGUGCCGCCUCUCCGCGCUCUCCCUCUUCGCCGCCGCCAUCAUGGGCCGCAUGCACGCACCCGGAAAGGGCUUGUCCCAGUCCGCCUUGCCCUACCGGCGCAGCGUGCCCACGUGGCUGAAGCUUACUUCUGAUGAUGUAAAGGAACAGAUCUACAAGCUGGCGAAAAAAGGCUUGACUCCCUCCCAGAUUGGUGUGAUCCUGAGGGAUUCCCAUGGUGUUGCCCAGGUUCGCUUUGUUACUGGCAACAAAAUUUUGAGAAUCCUUAAAUCCAAGGGACUGGCCCCAGACCUUCCAGAGGACCUUUAUCACCUCAUCAAGAAAGCUGUGGCUGUUCGCAAGCAUCUUGAGAGAAACAGAAAGGAUAAAGAUGCCAAGUUCCGCCUGAUUCUGAUUGAAAGCAGAAUUCACAGGUUGGCUCGCUACUACAAAACCAAGAGAGUACUUCCACCCAACUGGAAGUAAUCGAACCAUGGUAACAGCCUCCAGAGCCUACAAUGCUGGUAGCUCAAAACUGAGCUGAGAUAAAUUCRCAGGCUUCC